AUGUCUACAGCAGCAGCAUCGGAGCAAAAGAAGACGUCCGAAUCCUCCAUCCAGGUGGCCGUUGCUAGACUCCAAUACGACCCCAAACCCAUUAAGGCCAAACAACCCGAAAAGGCCCAGAACAACCCUGAAACCACCGAAGAGGCCCCAAAGUCAUGGAUCCAGAAAAACUGGAUGUACGUGGUUCCACCUCUCUUGAUCAUGUUCGUAUUGCUAGGCGAAGACGAAAAGAAAUAA